AUGUAUUCAGACAAACGAUUGCAGGACGAUAAUGAUUAUGGUCUCCACCCCUUCAAACCCCACACCGACCUUUGCAUCGAGUGGCUAAACUCAAAAGAAACCGGCUCGGUCAUCUACGUAGCAUUUGGAAGCAUAGCCGGUUUAACAGAGGAGCAAAUGGGGGAACUGGCCAUGGGUCUUAAAUCAACCAAAAAACACUUCUUGUGGCUAGAUGUUUUGAGUCAUAGGGCGGUGGGUUGUUUCAUGACUAACUGUGGCUGGAACUCCACGCUCGAGGCGUUGAGACUAGGGGUGCCCAUGAUUGCUAUGCCCCAAUGGACGGAUCAAAUAACUAAUGCCAAGUUUGUGGCUGAUGUUUGGGAGGUUGGAAUCAGAGUUAAAAAGGAUGGGAAUGGGAUCAUCACAAAGGAGGAGAUUCAACGGUGUGUAAGGGAAGUAAUGGAAGGGGAGAGAAGCUUGGAUAUCAAACGGAACUCCGAGAAAUGGAGGAAAUUAGCCAUAGAUGCUGUUGAUGAUGGUGGAAGCUCUGACAAGAAUAUUGAGGAAUUUGUGGCCAAAAAUUACAUGCAAUUAGCACCACAUCACUCUCCUUAUUAUGAAUAA